GUGCGUGGUCACACCUACCUCGCGGAAUGUCUGGUAGUGGUAGCGCGUGUUUCGCAGUUUGGCAGUGAACCACGUGUUGUUGGAAGAAACCGUAAUAAGUAGCUGGAUAUACUUCCAUUUUGACUGUUGCACAGGCGAAUACCGGGUUACCUGACGAUGCCGUAAUAUCAGGAGUUAAUAAAGAAAAACAAUUUGUCUUUAUUAACUCCUGGUCAGUGCCAGUGGUAAUAUCAACAAUGGUGCUGUGUACUAUAGUACCUCACGUCACCUCACGAAUCGCAGCGGACCGAUCCACGGGGUAGCAAAGCGGACGACUCAGCGUGCAGGCGGGCCUGCAGUGUAGCUGGGUCGUGCCACGCGCCCCCUGCCAACAUGAGGGACAUGGAUAUGGCGCUCGUCUACCUGCUAAGGGAGCACGAUCUGCCCGCAGAAUUCCGCAUACAGCCCGUAAAGAUUGAAAUUAAGGAUCCAGUGUGGGACUUCGCUGCCGGUUGCUUUGGUGGUAGCGCUGGGGUCUUGGUUGGUCAUCCCUUCGACACUGUUAAGAUUCGCCUCCAGACACAGCAUGCACUGCAUCCCGUGUAUAGCGGAACGUGGGACUGUUUUAAGCAAAUCAUUCAGAAAGAAUCGAUCAUGGGUCUUUACAAGGGCAUGUCGUCUCCCCUCGCCUCUGUUGCCUUCAUCAACGCCAUCGGGUUUGGCAUCUACGGCAACAUGAUACGUUGUUUUGACGACCCCGACUCGCUGCGGAGCCACUUCCUUGCCGGCAUGGCAGCCGGCGCCGUGCAGUCAGCAAUCCUCAGUCCGAUGGAGCUCACGAAGACGCGCAUGCAGAUUCAGGGCCAGGGCAAGCCGGCAUGGUUUUACUACCGCUACGCGUGGAAGCGGCAGGCCGUCUACCGCAACCCAGUCGACUGCGCGAUCAAGCUGACGCGCGCCGACGGCCUGCGCCGUGGCUUCUUCAAGGGCUUCUGGCCGACGCUGCUGCGCGAGACGCCCGGCUGCGGCGUCUACUUCACCGCGUACGAGGUGAUGUGCCGCGCGCUCGGCGGCGGCAACAGCGACAAGGUCGGCCCGCUUGGCGUGCUGCUCGCCGGCGGACUCAGCGGCAUGGUGUCAUGGACAGUGACGUACCCGAUCGACGUCGUGAAGUCGCGCUACCAGGCGGACGGCGUAACAGCGCGCACGUACACGGGCGUGAUGCACUGCAUCUUCUACAGCUACCGCACCGAGGGCGCGCGCAUGUUCUGGCGCGGCUACGUGGCGACGAUGAUACGCGCGUUUCCCGUCAACGCGGCGACGCUCGCCGUCGCGACGUGGUUCCUACGUGUCGCGCGCAAGAAGGACAGGAGGGCGGAGGGAAGCUCAGACUUUGAGGUUCUGCUCGCAUGAGAGGUGCGUGAAC